AUCCUACAAUGAAACAAUUAGAUUUGUUCCAUAAAUGGUUAGAUAGACAUAGAGAUAUGUGUGAUAAGUGGAAAAACAAGGAGCAUAUAUUACAUAAAUUGAAUAAAGAAUGGACUAUGGAACAUAAUAAAGAUCUGUUGGAUGUACCGUCAUCAAGUCAUGAUGAUAUUCAUAAAAUUAAUGAUGAAACAUAUAAUAUCAUUAGUACAAAAAAUAUAUAUAAAACCAAAAACACUAACCCCCCCUUCGAACAAAUCAGAUGAACAAAUAUCCUACCUGGAGGUAUUACCACGUAUCAAA